AUGAUUAGUGAUAGUCAAAUUUUUGUUGCUUUGUUAUUUGCUCUGGUUUCAGCAGUUUUAGCAAUCCGUUUAGGUAUGGACUUGUAUCAGUAA